UGGUAUGAUUGACGUGUUGAGUGGGCGGGUUCAGGGGGAAAGAGGCGGAGCUUGACGGAGGAAGCUGCUCGAACAAAUCAAGCGAAACAAAAGCGAUUCAACGGAAUAUUGUGGGAUUAAACUGACUAAAUGGUUUGCUGAUGAUGUCGACCUUUCCAUCUUCUUCCUCCAAGAGUUUGACCUCCACCCCGCUCAAGUCCAGACCCAGCGGCCCGAGCAGCGUCCUGCAGCGCAGCAGGAGCCUGGAGUCCACCGGAGACUCGACGUCCUCGCUGCUGUCACCCAUCUAUCACGACAGCUUUGAGCUUUCAGAGGAGGAACCGGAGUCAGAUCAGCCACAGCCCGUUCACAACAUCACCGUCACGUCAAGUGAAGACGUCGCACCAGGCUCUCCAUACAGGGAUGAGGUGGACACAACAGGUCUGGAAGACAGAUCGUCAAAUGUGCAGUUCAAACUGAGUGCUUGGGAGCAGUGGAUUGUGGAUAAAGCCAAAGAGGAGCGUAUCAGAAAGCAACAAAAAGCCAUGGAGGAGCUUACGCUGAAGGAAAAACAGAAAGAGGAGGAAAAAGAACAGCAGAAGAAGAAAGUUGUCAACGAUUGCAAAAUUCAAGAGUGGCUGCAAAUAAAAAGAGAACAGGAAAAGAAAGAGAGAAUGUCCAAAGAGUUUCAGAAAAGCAAAGAACAGCUUCAAGAGGAGAAAAAACAUGCUGAGAUUGAAAAGAAAGCUCAGGAGAAAUAUAAGGAGUGGCUGCGGACGAAGAAGCAAGAAGAAACGGAGAGAAAGCUAAAAGAGAAGGAAGAGGCAGCCAGAAGAGAAGCAGAAGAGAGGGAGCGCAAAGAAAAGGCAGAGGACAGCUUUAAAGAGUGGCUUGAAGGUGUAAAAACAAAAGGAAAACUGAGCCGACAGUCAUCAGCAUCCUCAGCCGGCAACUAUAACAAUGUGAACUAUCCAGCUCCGAGUUUCGUCAACCCCAUCCCCUGGAAACCCAUUCAUGUUCCUCGGCAAGAGCGAACACCCAGGAAAAGCUCGGCCCGUAAGAGAACACCAGGACCAACAAAGAGCCAGUCGACCCCCUGUCUCACAUACAGACCUAAAGACACGAUCAGCUUCGCUUGUAAAAGACGGUGACACUGACCUCUGCUGGUCUGAGUCUGGUAUUAACUCAUCUAAAGACUUGAAGCGUUUUUGUCAAACAGGUAUUUCACAUUCAAAA